AUGAGCUUAUGUUACGAGAACCACGACUUAUCACACAUAUUUCGAAGACCGAAGGAUGCAAAAAUCCAUCCCUGCCGGAAACGUAUCAUCAUUUGCUGCGAUGGAACUUGGCAAUCCGCCGUCUCAGGCAAGAAGAACGUCGCCUCCAAUGUGACGCGCCUUUGCCGCGCUCUAAAUGGAGUUGGAACCGACGAUGAAGGGAACCAGUGGCAGCAGAUAGUCUGGUAUGAUUCGGGAAUUGGUACGACCUCCGGUGCUCUGGGCAAGCAAAUCGAAGGCGCCAUUGGCCAGGGCCUGGAGGGAAAUGUCAUCGAAGCAUAUAACUUCUGUGUCCUAAACUACAACCCCGGCGAUCAAAUCAUGUGUUUCGGUUUCUCGAGGGGUGCGUUCACGGCCCGUGCCAUCGCUGGUCUGAUCUCGGACAUUGGUAUCUGCAGAAAACAGGAUCUGAACCAAUUUCCGAAUCUCUGGAAGAUGUAUAAGAAGAAUAAACCCGGCGAACGGUUCUAUUGCAGUGAUAUCUGGUUUGAAUGGAUGAAUGGAAAGGCCGACGAGAAUCAGGGUGCUGGAGGCGACUGUUUUGUGUUUGAGAAGCGCCCUUCGGGUGAUUGGGCCCAAGAGGGGUCAAGGAACGUGGAGGUUGUGGGUGUCUUUGAUACCGUCGGCGCCAUUGGAAUGCCCGAGGUGCUAGGAGUAAAACUAUCGUCGUGCCUGUGGUGGUCUGAUAGGAGUGCACGCGACAUUGUUGGACUCUCACCAAAUAUCAAACACGCAUUUCAAGCUUUGGCCCUCGAUGAACACCGGAAUGCCUUUUCACCUACCCUGUGGUACCUCCAGAAGCUUGGAAAUGUGACUCCAGAUCAGGUAGAACGUCAAAAGAAAAUGGUCAGAGCGAAGGCCCAAGAAUGGGACGAUCUGUUGCAAAAGGCAAUCCGCCUCAAAGACAGUGGCAAUGCCAGUGAUGAAGACGUCAAUAACGCAGCACGAAAGCUCAACGAGAUCGCUAAAGAGUUAAACGAGGAGAGUCGAAAGUUAAUAAAAUUGGAAGACGAUCGCCGGCAUCAGGCACACCCCCGAACACUGAGACAGGUGUGGUUCCCCGGCUAUCACAUUAAUAUCGGUGGAGGGUCCGACGAUUCCCUGCGAAAUGAAGGUGACAUGGAAGAAAUGUCUAACAUCACCUUCGCAUGGAUGUUGGACCAGAUCAGACCCUACCUGUCGCUCAACGAAGAAUAUGUUCUCCAGGAGAGAGAAGCGUGGGAAUAUUAUAUUUCCAAGCUCGCCGAAACUUCAAAUAACGAUAAUUCCUGGGGAUCAUGGGUUCAGCGCAAGGCUGCAUUCAUAAUCUCGGCCUUCAGACGUCCCACAACUUCUGCUACGCGCAGGGGCACACAUCGAACCUAUGGCUGGGGAACAGGCCAUAUGCAAGACAGCUUUACCCCGUUCUAUUAUCUGAACGGAUCGACGCCGCGCACUCCCGGGCGCUAUGACUCUUUUGAUAAAGAUGGAAACGCACUCGGGGAGUCUUUUGAGUACGUUCAUCCGGUGGUCGGGUUCAGACAAAAGCAGCUCAAGGACUACACGCCGAUUGGACCUGGUGUCAGAUUCAAUCGCCGGGAGGCAGUUGACGAGAAGGGUCAUCCUACUCAUGUUUAUGAUGUAGGCGAUGGCCUGGGCUGCAAGACUUUACCCGAGUGGCGCCUCGGAGGUGUAGAUUCAUAUGAGAGGCUGGCUAUCACUAGCAAGGCUGCAUAUGACUAUAUCGACGAACUGGACCUAUACCUGAAGACCGGUAUUAAGACAGCUCGCCGAUCUGUCUGGGGAGUCGCAGAUAUCGACCUCGGAAUCGAAUCAUCUGAAUCCACUGAGCCUGAACACGAGAGCGUGCAAGAAAUAUGCUUUAGAUCAGAGAGCUUUCGACAGAGUGGUUUCCAAUCUACGUGCUUUGAGGCUAAGGGGUUCCAGUUGAACACCUCGGCAAUUUCAUACAAGCAGACCGUGAUUACGCCAUGA